AUGUUCUUCUUCUUUACCUGCGGAACGCACACCUUCACAUCCGCCCUCAAAGGCGCCGAACACAUCCAACUCCACUGCCAAAACUGCGGCAACCCCACUGGCAAAGUGAUGAAGCGCUGGGAAUGGUUUACCUUCUGCUUCAUCCCCGUUAUCCCAUUCAGCCUGAAACCGUAUAAAGAAGUCGGAUGCCACGUCUGCAAUUUCUGGCAGGACAUCAAGUACCGUCCGGAACCCGAACUGCAGCAGUUCGGCGGUGGGGCAAAGGUGCAGGGCGGUGCUAUGCCGAUGAAUGGGUAUGGUGGACAUGGUGGAGCUCCUGGUGGUGGUGCGCCAGGGUAUGGGCCGCCGCCGCAGGGUGUGCCGCAGUAUAAGUAA